GGGCCGAAAUCAGGUGAAAAUAGAAUCAGUAUUUAAUAAAAAAAACAUCUUCGUCUUCUGAUUUAACGACCGACCGACCUCUGCCUCCACCGAUCAACCACUUGCUGUUAACGGUGGUUAGAAGUAAUUUUUCGUCUCCCUCGAUUUUCAGGCACAGGUUUGUCAGUGUCCUGUCGUCAUAUUCAACCCUUCUGAGCACUGAUUUGAUGCGUAUAGAUUCUGGUAAUACAACAUUGCCAUGCAAGAUUGUGUUAAUUGGUAUCUCAACACAGAUAGUGUAUGGAAACUGAUGCCAUGUCAGCAUCUAGCAAAUUUGAUAUUUCAUCUAGUAGCCCUGAUAGGCCAUUGUAUACAUCUGUCCACCGUGGUUCCUAUGGUGCUGCCUCACUGGACAGAUCAGGUAGCUUUCGUGAGAACUUGGAGAACCCACUUUUGUCAAGUCUUCCAAAUAUGACAAGAAGCAACUCAUCGGUAACUCAAAAUGAUGUACUCAACUUCUUCCAUUGCGUGCGUAUUGAUCCAAAGUCUAUGGUCGUAGAUCAUAAGUUGAACAGGCCAGCAGAUUUUAAGCGGCUUGCAAGUUCUGCUGUUGGCAUGCCCGUGGAAGAUUCUCUUCCCACAUCUUCGAGAAGCAAACAACUAACUUCUCCCUCGUUAGACGAUCUCAGACGCCUAAAAUCUGGUGUGCGGGAAAGUGGUACUAAAGCUAGGGAACGCGUGAAGAUAUUUAAUGACUGUUUAUCAGUAAUUAAUAAGUGUUUCCCUGCUAUUCCAUCGAGAAAGAGAUCCCGGCUGGAUACCUUGUCUUAUGAUCGAUCCAACACAUUGUUGAGGAUUGAUCGUGCAGCAUCUGGAGUGGGUGUUGGGAAAAUGGGAGUGCAAAACCAUGCUACUGCAAAUGGUUUUGAGCUGGAGCAACAAAAGUCUGAAGGAAGGACAAAGAAUACCAUUCCAAGCAAGCGCACUCGAACUUCUAUAGUUGACGCUAGGAUGGAUGCACGUGCCAAUAACCUUGCAAGACCACCUGGGGCUGUGGAUAAGGACAGGGAUGCAGUAAGAAUCUCUAGUUCUAAUUCUGUUCAUGGUGAGGAUCGAACACUAUCGAUUGCUGUUGAAGGUUGGGAGAAUUCCAAAAUGAAGAAAAAGCGCACACGUAUAAAGAUAGACAAUGGUUCUAGUUCAAUGACAACAAAAGCAGUUGAUGGUUAUAGGGAACCUAAACAAGGAACACAUCCACAUCAAAUUCCCGAAGCCCGUUCAAGGGUGGCCGAUGCCUAUGGCUUCAGAUCUGGUGCUGCUAAUGGAGGCGUAGGGCUAGUGAAAAGUGAGGCUACCUCCCAGACCAGUUCAGGGAUGCGGUCAUCUAUGUCUCGGACUGAUUCUGAAAACAGUUCUAUUCUCCAUGAGCGGAGAGAGCAUCCUAAUGGACAAGAGAAAGAAAGGGUGAAUCUGAAAGCUGUAAACAAGGAAAAUUCACGAGAAGAUGUCAGUUGCAGUAGUCCUACUUCAGGCUCAAAAUUGAAUGCUAAUGUCCGGGGUCCACGCUCAGGUUUAGUUGGUGGUGGCUCUAAGAUGUCUCAAGCAGUGCAACGGUCUGUAUCAUCUAAUGAUUGGGAUCUUUCUAACUGCACAAACAAGGUUUCGGGUGGCCUUGGGGCCAACAGUCGUAAACGGACCCCUUCUGCCCGGUCUUCAUCUCCUGUUGCCAAUUGGGCUCAAAGGCCACAGAAGAUUUCUCGAACGGCAAGGAGAACUAGUUUAUUACCAGUUGUUUCUGGAAAUGAUGAGGACCCUGUUAUGGAUGCUGCGUCUGACAUGAUGGUAAAUGAAAGAUGUUUUCCUGCUGGUUCUCCUAAGCAAACCAAAAUAAAAGGUGAUAAUAUCUUUCCAGCUGCAUUAUUUGAAAGUGAUGGACCAGUUGCUGCUGAAAUCAAGUCAAGAAACAAGAACAAGAAGUGUGAUGAGCUGGAUGAGAAAAGUGUUCAGAAUGUCCAGAAAAUCUCAGCUCUGCUUCUACCACCAAGGAAAAAUAAGGCAGUCAAUGCGGACGACCACGGAGAUGGUGUAAGGAGACAAGGCAGAACUGGUCGAGGAUUUACUUCCUCUAGGUCUCUCUUCCCUUUGUCAGUAGAAAAGCUUGGGAAUGUAGGGACCACUAAACAAAUUAGAAGUUCUAGACUUGGUCUUGACAAGACUGAAAGCAGAGCAGGGAGGCCACCUACAAGAAAACUUUCUGACAGGAAGGCUUAUACAAGACAAAAGCAUAUUGCCAUCAAUACAGUAUCAGAUUUACUUGUUGGUGCCGAUGAUGGUCAUGAAGAGCUUUUGGCUGCUGCAAAUGCUGUUGCAAACACUGCACAAGCUCUCACAAGCCCAUUCUGGAAGAAGAUGGAGCCUUUAUUUCAUUUUAUCACUGAUGUGCAUAUAUCUUAUUUGAAAGAUCAGAUUAAUUCUGGUAUAACAAUGGACACACCUGCUCCAGUUCAAAUUGAUACAGCUAGCUGCAUUUUAGUACCUGACUAUGGCUCGAAUGAAUUUGGGAGAGGCGAGACUAAAGCAAGAUGUUUGGAUCUUAGCCCUGAGCAUGUGGCUACAGGUGUGAAGAAGUCGGAUGAGAUUUCCAUGUACCAGAGAAUUAUUGCGGCUUUGAUUCCUGAAGAAGAACAUGACCUCAGAUAUGAUGCGCAUGAAUCUUCAUUUGAGAUUGAAAAAGAUUUGGGAUCAGAUACCGUCUGUUCUCACACGUCACCAAGUUGUGACCCUUCUGGAUGUCCUACGUUUAAUGGAUAUGAUUCAAAUUCAAAUGGAAGAUCAUUUUACGAACUGGAGCAGAACAUUAUGUCAAUUCCUGGCAUGGGUUUCCCUAACUGUGACCAUUUACAAGAUGGUUUACACACAGACCAGUUGAUACCUAGCACAAUAUGUUCGGAGUAUCAGUAUCAAAAUAUGUCAAUAAAUGAAAGACUUAUUAUGGAGGUUCAUAGCAUAGGAAUCUACCCAGAUUUAGUGUCUUAUGUGGCACAGAGUGGAGAUGAAAUAAGCGGGGAUAUCACUAGGUUGGAUGAGAAGUACCAGGAACAGGUUUCACUGAAGAAGAGCUUGCUUGGCAAACUUCUCUGUUCUGCUACUGAUGCUAAAGAGCUCCAGCAGAAGGAUUUUGAAGAGCGUGCUCUUAAUAAACUUGUGGGAAUGGCCUAUGAGAAGUACAUGAGUUGCUGUGGACCUAAUGCCCAUGGGAUGAAAAGUGCUAGUGGUAAAAUGGCCAAGCAAGUAGCCUUAGCUUUUGUUAAGCGGACUAUGGAACGGUACCGAGAAUUUGAGGAGACAGGAAAGAGCUGCUUUGACGAUCCUCUUUAUAAGGACAUUUUCCUUUCUGGUGUAUCCUUCCUUUUUGAUGGGCAACCAUUGAACUCUAGCACUGAUAAUGAGUCUGAAAAACUGCAUCUUGGAGCAUCUGGAAGCUCUAUUGAAGCUAGAACUUCAGCUCCUGUGGGUCCACAGCAGAGCCCCAGUUCAAACAAUCAAGAUACAUAUUCUUCUGAAGUAUUCCCAUCAAAUAAUCUGGGUUCUGAACAAGUUAAUAGGAAAGAAGACAGUUGGUCAAAUAGAGUAAAAAGGAGGGAAGUGUUACUUGAUAAUGUAGGUGGUAUCAUUAGCACUGGCCUUGGUGGUUCUCUCUCAAGCAGUGCUAAGGGAAAAAGGAGUGAGAGGGAUAGAGAGGGAAAAGGAAACAACAGAGAGGCUUUCUCCAAAAACGGAAUGGUGAAAAAUAGCCGCACUGUUUCAGCCUCUGUCAAAGGAGAUAGAAAGUCCAAGGCAAGAACCAAGCAGAAAACUGCUCAUUUGUCUGCUUCAAUCAAUGGUUCUCUGGGGAAUACGGGAGAACAAGAAAACAGAAUAUUCUCAGCAAUGCAUAAAUCAAGUGAGAAUAGCCAAAGUAACUCUGGAAAGGAUAACAACAACCAUUCCAAUGACAUGUUGGAGGAACCAAUUGAUUUAUCUGGGCUGCAACUGCCUGAUAUGGAUGAUUUAGGAGUUACUGAUGAUCUAGGUGGUCAAGGAGAGGACCUAGGAUCAUGGUUUAUGAAUAUUGAGGAUGACGGGUUACAUGAUAAUGAUUGUAUUGGUGGCCUUGGAAUCCCAAUGGAUGACCUGGCAGAGUUGAAUAUGAUGGUUUGAGAUCUCAAUGCUGUACAUUCCUGUGCCUUAUACACAAUCACAGAAAGAAGAAAGAAAGAACAGUUGCCAUGAUUGUCCAGUGACAAUCGUCUUCAUGCCAUUGUCUGUACAAUAAGCUCAGCUUGAGUGAUUAUGGAGUUUCUCUUUUUCCUGCAUAAGGAUAUGUUCGUAAUCUGGCUGUUGACAAUUGACUGUAAAGAUCUUUUUGUUCGACAUAUAAGCCCACAUCUCUGUUGUAAGGUCUUAGUAGGCACUACUUCCGUUGUAGAAUUACAGAUAAGAAACAAUGUCCCAUGUACAUAAAUUUUAUAUUCCAAUAAAACCAUACUUCUGCAAAAUUAGCCCUCUUGUGCUGGCUGUGGGGUUUAAAUCAUCUUUCACCUAGGAGGGCAUCAUUCGGAACAUAUCUAAUUUUUUCAUGGACUUACAUUUUACAUCAGUUUUCACUCUUGUUACAGUUUCUAACCUCUUUUAGAUGCGAAGGCUUUGAUGAUCGUAUGCUGGCUUUGUGACCAUUUUUUGUUUCCAUGAUGCAUGGAGUGCAUAUCCUGGCAGUCAAGAAAUGCAAGGAUACUCCAAAUUAUGUUAUGAAGAAUUUGCUGAUCAAUCUUAAGCUCAUCAGGCUUUAGGUGCUAAUAAGGGUGUUGGAUAAAUUUUAUCAAGCGUUGACUAGAGUCAUUACUCAUUCUAAGCCACUAAUCUAACUAUAUUUGCAUUGUUUAAUUCUCUAGCUUGUAGGAUAUUUAGCAUCCCAUGGCUAUCAAAUUAGGAUGUACUUGUUGAUGUGAGUCAAGCUCGUCUCGAGGGAUUCUGUCCGUGUGAGUUUGUUCAUGUUUCUCAGAGAGCUUAUUCUGUCAUCCCAUUUAUGGAAACAAGCUGCUUGAAGCUCUUUCUCAAACCUAAAAGAGGCAAAAGUUAUUCCAAAAUGCUGAUUCAAAUUGAUUUUAUGCAUGUGCUUGUGUGUUUCAGAAUCCCUUUAUCGCACAGAUGAGUUUGUUGCAACUAUUGAAUGAUGCAUUGCUUCAUCCAUAUUUCAUAAGCUUGAAUGGUUGAACCCAUUGAGCAGGAUCUCCUUUACACGUGAAGUGUUCCGAAGGAUGCUUUCCACGCUAAAAGGUCUAUUUUCUCCCACAUUUCAGCCUUUUUCUGACCCACUGGUUUCGACUAGGCUCAUGUUGUGCACACUGGGUCAGGAAGAACUCACUUUGCUGUGCCUAUUGAACCCAAUUACAAGUUAUUGCUUGCUGUGAUUACGUCUGUGAAAUUGUAAAGAUUCAUUUAUCUUAAGAUGGCAGCAUGUAAAGAUAUAGUGAUUUCAUCAAGUGUAGUAUGCUUGGAUUGCUGGCA